AGCACAGGAUGAUCCAGCAAUGGAGGAGAAAAUUCUGCAAACUGGCUGAUGACUCAUGAAGAUGAGAUUUUAUUUUUGUGGCAGGCAUCUGUGGGGUCUGUAAUAGAAAUGAUGGCUGGCUGUGGAGAAAUUGAUCACUCUAUAAACAUGCUUCCUACGAACAGGAAAGCAAAUGAGUCCUGUUCUAAUACUGCACCUUCUCUAACUGUCCCUGAAUGUGCCAUUUGUCUGAAAACAUGUGUUCACCCAGUCAGUCUGCCUUGUAAGCAUGUUUUCUGCAAUCUAUGUGUGAAGGGAGCUUCAUGGCUUGGAAAGCGAUGUGCCCUCUGUCGACAAGAAAUUCCCGAAGAUUUCCUUGAUAAGCCAAUGUUGUUGUCACCAGAAGAACUCAAGGCAGCAAGCAGAGGAAACGGUGAAUAUGCUUGGUAUUAUGAAGGAAGAAAUGGGUGGUGGCAGUAUGACGAGCGCACUAGCAGAGAGCUGGAAGAUGCUUUUUCCAAAGGUAAAAAGAGCACUGAAAUGUUGAUUGCCGGGUUUCUGUAUGUUGCCGAUCUUGAAAAUAUGGUACAGUAUAGGAGAAACGAACAUGGACGUCACAGGAAGAUCAAGCGGGAUAUAAUAGAUAUACCAAAGAAAGGAGUAGCCGGACUUAGGCUGGACUGUGAUGCUAAUACCGUAAACCUAGCAAGAGAGAGCUCUGCUGACGGAGCGGACAGUGUGCCGGCUCAGAGUGGAGCUUCUGUUCAGUUGUCGUCUGUGAGGCCCCUGACGUCAGUAGAUGGUCAGCUAACAAGUCCCGCCACGCCAUCCCCUGAUGCAAGUGCUUCUCUGGAAGACUCUUUUGCACAUUUACAACUUGGUGGAGACAGCAUAGCGGAAAGGAGUCAUAGAGGGGAAGGAGAAGAAGAGCAUGAAUCACCAUCUUCAGGCAGGGUACCAGCACCAGACACUUCGACUGAAGAAACUGAAUCCGAUGCCAGUAGUGACAGUGAGGAUGUAUCUGCGCUUGUUGCACAACACUCCUUGACCCAACAGAGACUUUUGGUUCCUAAUCCAAAUCAGACAGUAUCUGAUCCAUCAGGAACUGAUGGAUCAGUGGCAGCGGGUGGAACAGUGAGUGUCAGAUCUCGAAGGCCUGAUGGACAGUGCACAGUAACGGAAGUUUAA